ACCAGCGGGAGGGGUUGGCUGUAGUUUAGCAGCGCACGCAUGCGCCGUACUCGCCUCACCGGGGUAGUGUAGCAGCUCACGCCUGUACGGUGCGCGUUUCGCCGAGGUGCAGAUAGCAGAGGGACCGUCACGCUGUGUAAUCGCUGCGUACCGGCGGCUGAUGUUCACCUUUAAACGAAGACAUCAAGUUCCUCUGCGGCAGGUAACGCAAGACAGGGAAACCACACGGAUAAGAAAAAGAAAAAUCUAUGAACAUGGACAGAAUAACACAUUUUGUAAAUGACACUGUAGGAUUCUACCAGUGGAGUCUUACCAUUGCAGAUAAGCGUGUGGAGAAAUGGCCUUUGAUGGACUCACCCCUACCAACACUGGCCAUCAGCUUCCUCUAUUUGCUUUUCCUCUGGAUGGGACCGAAGUUCAUGCAGCACCGGGAGCCUUUCCAGCUGAGGAAGACACUCAUCUUCUACAACUUCAGUAUGGUUGUGCUCAACUUCUACAUUUGCAAAGAGCUUUUUCUUGGCUCACGAGCAGCUGGGUACAGCUACCGCUGCCAACCAGUCAACUACUCAAGUGACAUGAAUGAAGUGAGGAUAGCAUCGGCGCUGUGGUGGUACUACAUCUCCAAAGGUGUGGAGUACCUGGACACGGUCUUCUUCAUCCUGCGCAAGAAAUUCAACCAAGUCAGCUUUCUGCACGUGUACCAUCACUGUACCAUGUUCCUGCUCUGGUGGAUCGGCAUCAAGUGGGUGGCGGGGGGGCAGUCUCUCUUCGGGGCUCACAUUAACGCAGCCAUUCACGUCCUCAUGUACUUGUACUAUGGCCUGGCUGCUUUUGGACCCAAGAUCCAGAAGUUUCUGUGGUGGAAGAAGUACCUGACCAUCAUCCAGAUGAUCCAGUUCCACGUUACGAUCGGACACGCUGCCCAUUCUCUCUAUAUCGGCUGCAACUUCCCCCACUGGAUGCACUGGGCCCUGAUCGGUUACGCCAUCACCUUCAUCAUCCUCUUCGCUAACUUCUAUUAUCAAACAUACCGGCGGCACCAGCCGUGUCGGGACGGAUCCCCAAGCGGCACCAAGGCCAACGGUGUCUCUAUGACAACCAACGGGCUGCACAAGAAGGAGGUGAUGAAGAAUGGGGGGAAGCUGAAGAAAGGGAAAUCAAAGCAUGAGUGAAAUGAGUAGGAUUGGACAGGCCUGGUUGGGGAGACCAGAUGGAUGGUAGCUUUGUGAGAAGAGAGGAUGUGGAUGAAUGUGGUAAGGGGCCCCACCUCUGCUGCCCCUACAUAAAUGUAACUUUUUGUGGAUGAGGGAUUAGUAUUGUCUUGGGGGGGGGGGGGGGCGUACUCCUAACACCAGUGUCAUACAAACAAUACCGGGCUCUUCCUGAUGAGGGGUCCUCCCUCUUCAUGGUAGCAUAAGGCCUGAGUCCAGGAGAUGUUUAGCAGAGUUGGGGAAUGACCACCGCGUUCCUUGGCCUCUUUUCCAUAUCUCCACAACCCUCUGGGCUCGGAUCUUCUCUCAGGCUUUUACAUAUUUGGAUCUCACGAAUCAGUCGGUGAUGGUUUCAAGGGGUCUUACCUUAAUGGUCGUGUGAGAAUCGGCACACUGGUCAGGCACGUGCCUCACAGCCCAGGUGUGCCGUGGUUGGAACGGUUAAGCAGUAUCAUCUAGCUACAGCCCAAAACUAUUUAAGUGUGACACUCUUUGGCCUCUGGCAAGCAAGGUUAUGUCAGUUAACCGCAUCAAAUUUAUGAAUAAAUAGUGUGACUAUGUUGAUCUGCAACCUCCCUCUACUCCCAUUCUGAGUUUUUUUUUCCUGACAUACCUUUUCAGGUUUUGUAUUCAGUUAAUGUCAUGAAGUCUAGCCAACAUACAUUAGCUGUAUGUUUAAAUAUUUUAGAUAUUCUGGAUGAACAUUAAAUGGAACAACAGUUAAUUGCCCCACAGUUGAAGUAAAGAAUCUCUUUACUACUAAUAUCCUUCUUCUUGCAAAUUGUCAACAAAUGCAAUAUAGUGGAAGCCAUGACAUUUAUUGCAUCGAAAAAUAUCCACUAUUAUUACGAUAAUGAACAUGUACACCAUUUAGUCUUUUAUAAAAUCAAAACGUUUGAUCUUGAUUUAAGUAUUAAGCAUUAUUAUGCAUUCUUCAGAUAAUCUGACACCAGAUGAAAUCAUAAAUGAUCCAUGUACAAGCCGGUGUACUUUUUGGGGAACUUUACUAUGCAGUAUGAUGGGAUGUAAUUUCCGAGCUGUAGUCUUCAUUGACAGCUUUUGGUACCCAGGUUAUGCUUAAUUUUUAACGGGAAUUUUAAUUUCAUGCAGCAGCAAAACACAAGGACUAUAAUCACAUCCCUUAUUCUACAUUUACAAGAUAAAGAUUUGACUUGACCCAUGACAUAUAUUUUAUGCUGCAGAUUCAGUAAAAACACCAAAAUUCUGUUA